UACACGUUUUCUAAGCAUGAUACAACAGAGAAGAAAUAUAACUGUGGGAGUUAAAUAUGACCAAAAGAGAAGGAAUCCCUGAAAAGCUGGUUAGGCCCACGGUGAAACCAAAAUCAACAACUGCAUAGGCAUCACAAUCAACAAGUGAUGGGCACAGGAAACUCCAUUGAAUAUUAAUAAAUCUUCAGCGUCUCUGAGCAAUGGUAGAGGACAGGGAAGAAGAGAUGGUGACCGAGGAAGAGGCAGAAAAAGAGGAAACCAGAGUUGAUCAAACCACAGGAUCAAUCUUUGAUGAAGAAGUGUCUGAUCUUGGUCUGAAAAUGAGAAGUUCAUCAUCUGUUUAUGCAGGCAGAGGUAGUGCAGGCUUGAUUGCUGGACUGGAAAAACCUCAACUGAACACCCAAGAACAUUAAAGUCAAUAAGGAAGAAGAAGAGGCUGCAUUAAGUGCAUUACUUAGAGAUGACUUUUUUGGAUGAUUCAGAAUUAGGUGAUGGAUUUGAUGGUAAUUUGGUGAUGCAGCCAAUCCAGCUCCCAAAAUCUAGCUUAGAUGCAAACCUGAAGGGAGAAAAGGAAAGUAUGGUCAUAAAGUCAGAAAACCCACAACUGAUCACAGUAGAAGGAGAUAUUGCAACAAGAGAAAGGCGACAGCUAACUGAUCCCGGCUAUCAAAGAAUCUGCUUACAACAACGUCUGAAUCCUUCUCAAGUCACGGGCGAACAUAUUUUCCAGAACGAGGGAGACAUAUUGUUUAUUCAGUUGCCAGAUAGACUGCCGACCCUGAAAGCGGAUAAAGAGCGUCCCCAAGUCAAAAUGGAACUUGGAACAGCGGUUCAAGAUAAAGUCAAUGAUCAAACCAUCGUUGAAACAAAGGCCGAAAAAGAAAGUGUCUUCGAAGAUAUUCCGGAAGGCCGAUUAGGGACUCUUCGCGUUCAUAGAUCGGGAAAAGUAACUUUGCAAAUGGGAGAACAUUCAUUCGUCAUGGAUAGUGCAACGCAAGUUUCCUAUCUACAAGAUCUGAUAUCGGUUGAGGUAAAUGAAGAAUAUUGAAGUUCGAACUUCAGUAUGAUCAAACAGAAUCACAAAACUAUCACAUCGCUUGAUCGACCAGAUAGGUAAAAGUUUAAUUCAUGUUAUACGAAAGGGAGAUCCUGAACACUCCUAUCCAGGUUGUGUUAACCUGUCGUUUGCCUAUGUUGAGGGUGAAAAUCUUUUGAUGGCCUUAAAAGAUGUCGCGCUAUCAAGUGGAAAUGCGUGUACUUCAGCGUCGUUACAGCCAUCUUUUGUUUUGCGAGUCAUUGGCGCCGGAAGAAAACUUAGCGCAUUCUUCUAUUCGCUUUGGAAUUGGAAGGUUCAAUACCGAAGCUGAGGUUGAUUACACUACGCAAAGGUAUAUUACAUCAAGUUUCGAAACUUCGUGAAAUGAGGUAGGUUUUAAUUAGGCUUAUGCUUCUAAGCUAGCUAUCCAAAUAACAAAAAAUAAAACUCAUCUGUUAGUCCUUUGUGGGAAAUAGUUCAAAAAGGAAUUGAUUUGAAGAGUAUCAAAUGAACGCAGCAUUAAUUUUUUUGUGUUCACCUACGAACAUUAAAGGCAUUCAUGUUUAACUUCGUCCUUGUAAAAUAAAGGCUCGGAAAUAUGUACCAAAGACAGUAGUUAAAUAU